AUGAACACCUACCCCACACACUUCCACGACGUCGAAGAAGUCAAAGAGUACAUCAACACUACCUGCAAGCAGUCUGGGAACCAGUACAUCACCACCAAGCAGUUCUUGACGAAGCAGGAGCUGGCAUAUAUCAAGGACAAGGUAUGCUUCGUAGUAGCUUGCAAGGCUUUCAAGCAGGGAGAGUUCUAUCUGGAGGUCGGAUUGGUAGACCGGCCGGCUCUGAGAGCGGCCGUCGAAGCAGACAUUCGACGCCUCCUUCCCCUUGUACCUUACUGGCCGUCCUACUUCCCUGGUGUUGAGGAUGCUCUUGUACAUGUUGACGGCGUUGCACGUUGGAAGGACUUCACCUACACAAGAUUUGAAGGGGUUGAGCAGGAGAGGUUUCGGCGUUACGUCAAGUUCAACACUGUGAGGCAUGCUUAUGAAGACGGUCACUUUGAUAUGCAAGUUCCCGGAGAGGAUUGGCGGUGCCGAAAGUCCAAAUCUCGUGAACAAGAGAAGAAGCCUGUCAGUGGGCCAAAGGCGCGUGGGAGCAAGUUGACUACGAUGAACGGCGCAAUCGAAAGCGACAUUCAAGAGCUUUUCACCCGCAUCCCCACAUGGCUACCAACAUUCCCUUCCCUCAACGCGGCUCGGAACUACGUUGCUGACUUCUCGCGCUACAUUCAUUUCUCAUACACAUACUGGGCUGACGUCGAACCAAAUCGCUUCCGACUUAUCGUCAACUUCAACACGGCAAAGCUGGCGUUUCGACGGGGAAAGUUUAAGAUCUGGGAAGGGUACGAGGAAGAAGACUCUGUUGACACAGAUGAGACUGCCGUUGAGAGCACUGAGGUCAAGGAGACGGAGAGAGAGGUUUCUUCACUGGCGUAUCGGAUCCGUUCCACCGGGUCUACUGUGACCCCGCCUGUCGAGACACCCGUCUUUUCUACUGCCACCGCCUUCGGAGACGCUAUCGACUCCAUCAACACGGCGAUUGCGGAUACUACUGUUGACGAUGUGCCAGACUUGCUACUAGAGGAGCUUCCUGAGUCCAUCAGCAUUGUAGGAGAGGAAAUUCAGGAGCCUAUCAUGUCACCCCAGGAGACUAUUACGCCCUUUCUGGUUGAGAUUGACGAGGAUCCGUUCAAAGACCUCAUCGCUGUCUUGAAGCGUGAGAGCAUCCUCAAAGAGGCUUUCGAGUGA